CUGCCCUUCCUCUCCCACUCUGAGAGCAAGCGGGUUGUGAAGGCACGGAGGAACUCUGCCAUGAGGACUGCCAGGCAGUUCGUGCAGGUGGCUCUGGCCCUCUGCUGCUUUGCAGAUAUUACCUUUGGAAUUGAGGUUGACUGCAGCCAGUAUUCCAGUGGCAUCAGCAAGGAUGGGACGAGCUGGGUAGCCUGCCCAAGGAAUCUGAAACCUGUCUGUGGCACAGAUGGCUCCACAUACAGCAACGAGUGUGGGAUCUGCCUCUACAACAGUCAGCACAAUGCAAACGUUGAGAAGGAACAUGAUGGAGAGUGCAGGCCAAAGCACGUUACAAUUGAUUGCACUCACUACCCCCGAUUUGUAAAAGAUGGAAAAGUCAUGGUAGCCUGCCCAAGGAAUAUGAAACCAGUCUGUGGCUCAGAUAGCUUCACUUAUGAAAACGAAUGUGGGAUCUGUUCCUAUAACGAAGAACACCACACCAACAUUUCCAAACUGUAUGAUGGAGAAUGCAAGAUGGAGAUUGGCUCACAGAUUGACUGCAGUAAGUACCCAUCUUCAGUCUCUAAGGAUGGCAGAACAUUAGUAGCUUGUCCAAGGAACCUGAAGCCAGUUUGCGGCACAGAUGGUUUUACCUAUGACAAUGAAUGCGGGAUCUGCGCCCACAAUGCAGAGCAGAGGACCCAUGUCAGCAAGAAACACGAUGGAAAAUGCAGGCAGGAGAUCCCUGAUAUUGACUGUGAUCAAUACCCAACAAGAAGAAUUGGUGGCAAACUCCUGGUGCGCUGCCCAAGGAUUCUGCUCCCAGUCUGCGGCACAGAUGGAUUUACUUAUGACAACGAGUGUGGCAUUUGUGCCCAUAAUGUACAACACGGGACUGAGGUUAAGAAAAGCCACGAUGGAAGAUGCAAGGUGCAGAGCACUCCUAUUGACUGCUCCAAAUACCUGAGCAAUACUAAGAACGGUGAAUCCAUUGCUGCCUGCCCCUACAUCCUGCACGAGAUCUGUGGCACUGAUGGUGAGACCUACAGCAACGACUGUGCUCUGUGUGCCCACAACAUCGAACUUGGAACCAACGUUGCCAAAAAGCACGAUGGGAGGUGCAGAAAGGAAGUUUCUGAGCUUGACUGCAGCAAGUACAGAACCUCUACGCUGAAGGAUGGCAGACAGGUGAUGGCCUGCACCAUGAUCUACGAUCCCGUCUGUGCUACCAAUGGUGUCACCUAUGCCAGCGAAUGCACACUGUGCUCUCACAACCUGGAGCACCGGGCCCAUCUUGGCAAGAGAAAGAAUGGAAGAUGUGAAGAGGACAUAACAAAGGAACAUUGCAAAGGGAUUGACCAAGUCUCUCCAGUCUGCACCAUGGAAUACAUACCCCACUGUGCCUCCAACGGCCAGACAUACAGCAACAGAUGUAUGUUCUGCAAUGCAUACCUGGAAAGCAAUAGGACUCUCAGUCUUGUGAGUAUGAGCACAUGUUAACCCUGCACUGGAGUCCUGCGUGGGAAACAAUCUGCCUUGCACACAAGUCUUCAUGGGCCAAUAUUCCUCAACAGUUUUCCUUCAGCUUGUCUUGUCUUCUAAGCUCUCAAUACACCUUUUUGAUGAAUAAACUCACUUGGCAACAUUUA